AUGGCAUACCUGAAAUCAAGAUCCAAAAAUGACAUUAUUAGUUUGUGUAUGCUUUUGCUGUGCUUGGGUUGUGUGGAGUCCAACGAUGGCGAUGGUCAAGGUGCAUACAUGUUGAAGCUUAUGAAUGCACUCAAACCCCCUGCCUGGUCUAACACGAAGCCCGUGUGCGAGUGGAUAGGCGUGACUUGCAACGAUCAAAGUGGAAGGAUUGAACAGAUCGAUCUCAGUUCAAAGUCGCUGACGGGAACAGUUCCUGCAGGCUUCAACGACUCCCUCUCCCACCUCACAUUCCUCUAUCUCGCCAACCUCACCUUCCUCCAAGAAGUGUACUUCGAAAACAACAACUUCACCUCUAUCCCUCAUGGUUGCUUCCAUGGUCUUACUAGUUUGCAGUCCUUGACCUUGUAUAACAAUAUCAACCUCCCACCAUGGAACUUUCCUAUCGAUUUGACUGCUCACUCCUCCCAACUCUAUAAACUCGACCUGUCUUCUACAAAUCUCAAAGGCUCCUUACCACCAAACAUAUCCCAUUCCUUCCUAGUUAUGGUGUAUCUUUAUCUCUCUAACAACCACCUCUCCUUCAUCCCUGAGGGUUGCUUCCACAACCUAACCAGUUUGGGUGGCCUCUCUUUGGCCAACAAUACCAACCUCCCACCAUGGACCUUCCCCAACUUGAUUCAGUCCACAGAAAUAGAAGAGCUCGAUCUUACUGCUACAAAUAUCAUGGGCUUUCUACCAGAAAUAUUUGACUCAUUGACAAGUUUGAGGACUUUUGUUCUCUCCAAAAACAGCCUAACUGGUGUCUUGCCAGUGUCUUUUCGAAGGUCGAAGAUUGUCACCUUGCAUCUCAACAACCAGAAGGAUCCCGGGUUGUCAGGUCCAAUUGAUGUCCUUUCAAACAUGCUCAACUUGUCUCAUGUGUGGCUUCAGGGGAACUCGUUUACAGGACCUAUUCCUGACAUGUCUCGCUGCACUGAUUUAGAAGAUUUACAACUUGCCCACAAUCAAUUAACAGGUGUGGUCCCAGAUUCUCUCAUCGCUCAUCAAUACUUGGAAGAUUUUUAUUUGGGCUAUAACUUUUUGCAAGGUCCUCUACCAAAUACUACCUUCAAUAGUUUUGCUAUUAUGGAGAAUCUCGGUGUUAACACCACAAAUGGCUUCUGUCACAAAGAUCCAGGACCUUGUGAUCACAAAGUGACCCAUUUGCUUCAAAUUGCUGCGGAAUUCAAGUAUCCAAUUUUGUUGGCACGUACAUGGAAAGGAAAUGAUGUCUGUAAAGGUUGGCGUUUUAUUACGUGUGAUGACAAAAAUAAGAUCAGAAUGGUCAAUUUAUCAAAUCUGAAAUUGACGGGCACGAUCUCACCUGCAUUCGCCAAUUUAACUGAUUUGUGGAAAUUGUAUUUGGAUGGCAAUAAUUUGACGGGUGAAAUUCCUCAAAGAUUGACAAGUUUACAUGAACUUGAGGUUGUGGAUGUCUCUAACAACCAUCUUGAAGGAAAUAUUCCCAAAUUCUCACCAAGUGUAAAGUUUAUUGCCACAGGCAAUGAUUUUCCUAAUGCUUCCCACCAUAGACCAAGGCGAACCUUAACUACUACUUUGAUUACAGGCUUAUCAGCAGCCAGUGUUGGAAUUUUGGUAACAUGUGCUGUGGUUAUUUAUGAAAGCAAGAGGUUACAGAAAAUUCUGUUCAAGAAAACAAUUGUUAAUCACAAUAUUGAGGAUUUGAUACAAAGUCAUGGGUUUAUGGUGCAAAAACGAUAUAGUUACUCACAGGUAAAAAAGAUGACCAAUUCAUUUUGUGAGAAACUAGGACAAGGAGGAUUUGGUGUUGUAUAUAAAGGAAGUUUAAGUGAUGGUCGUCAAGUAGUAGUGAAGAUAUUGAAUGAAUCCAAAGGUAAUGGAGAAGAAUUUAUAAAUGAGGUUGCAAGUAUUAACAGAACAUCUCAUGUGAAUAUUGUCCCAUUUUUAGGAUUUUGUUAUGAGCCAAAUAAACGAGCUUUGAUUUAUGAAUUAAUGCCAAAUGGUUCUUUAGACAAAUUUAUUGAUGAAAGGGCAUCGUUUAAUACUGUGUGCAAAUUGGACUGGAAUAUACUCUACCAAGUUAUAAUUGGCAUAGCUCGUGAUCUAGAAUAUUUACAUUGGGAAUGUAGCACCAAGAUUUUACAUCUUGAUAUUAAACCUCAAAAUAUUCUUUUGGAUAGAGAAUUUGUUCCUAAAAUUGCUGAUUUUGGAUUAGCUAAAAUAUGCACAAAGAAAGAGAGUAUUGUAUCUCUACAGUGCCCAAGAGGAACUGCAGGAUAUAUUGCACCAGAAGUAUAUAAUCAAAUGGACGGUGGAGUUUCUCGAAUUUCUCACAAAUCCGAUGUGUAUAGUUAUGGGAAGUUGAUUCAUGUAGUAGUCGGAGGAAAAAAGAAUUAUAAUAGUAAAGAUUCUCGUGCAAGUGAAAUAUUCUUUACAGAUUGGAUUUAUAAGGAAUUCGAACAAGAUAAUCUUCCAGCAAAAUGCUUGAUGAACAUAGAGGAUGAAGAUGAUGAUUUAAUAAAGAAGAUUAUUUUGGUAAGCAUGUGGUGUAUACAAAGAAAUCCGUCGAAUAGACCGUCCAUGAAAAAAGUGAUAGAGAUGUUAGAAGGACCACUUGAUUCUAUCCCAUUUCCUCCGAAGCCAAUAUGGUAUUCUCCCCAAGGAUCAAAGUUGCAAUCUCCAGAUAUGGCUUAUGACGAUACACAUGAGACAGAUUCAUCAACUUCAGUGCAGAAUGAUUCCAUCAAUCCAAAUGACGUUGCCUAAGGUAACAAAAUUUAUGUAGUUGUUGUGUAACAUAUUUCUCAUUAUAUUCUAGACAACAAUCUUGCAUGGUAUCUCUUUUUCUCAAAUGGUAUGUUUGUGCAUCUAUAAAAACUUACUGACGUGAGAAAAGUGAAGCUUCUCAUUGUCUUAGGGGCACUUGUAGUUGUAUGUGAGUAGUGUGGUUUGCUUGCUAUAAACUAAAACUAAGUGGUUGCUUCUGAUGAAAAUGCAUUUAGUUUGCAUGCAUUCUUUUUUAAGUGAAAUUAUUUCGUUAGCAUAAUUAUUGAACAUUUUAAUUUCAAAUUGAGUCCACAGUAAAUA